AUGGUGAAGCUGUGGAAAUUGCUCCUGCGGAACCCUAUCCGCUCGUGCCGCUUCAUCCAUGCCUUUGUCACACAGGUGUUCAUUGUCACUCUCAAACGGGCCCUACUUCCCGGAUGGCCUCACUAUCAAUCAUAUCGCUUGCAGCUACAACGAUGCUAUUGGGCGUCAAGCUCGUUCUACUUCCCUGAGGUCGUCCACCGCCUGCCUGUGACUGAUUGUCCGUCUAACGAAGCACGCAGAGUCGGCUUGGACUGGUCUGGCUAUGUGAUCCCCGGAACCAAGAAUUUGAAGGACUUGCAAUUCAGCGACCUGAACCCAAACACAUGCAUUGCGAUCUAUGCCCAUGGGGGUUGCUAUGCUCGCGGAGAAGCUAGGAUGUACCUCAACUACAUGAAGCGGUGGACGCAAGGCGCAGCAGCCGUGGGACUGGAUAUUACAUUUCUCAGCGUAGAGUACCCACUCAGCGAUGAAGCGCCGCAUCCCGCGCAACGGGAAGCCUUCCUCAAGGCAUAUCAAUACGUGCUUGAUCAAGGGAUCCCCGCCCAUAAUGUUAUUUUCAUGGGGGAUUCUGCAGGAGGAGGUCUGUGUGUGCUGAGUGCGUUCGAAGCCAAAAGGCAAGGCCUGCCACAGCCAGCUGGGAGUGUCUUGAUCUCGCCCUGGAUGGACAUGGCACUACGAAGCCACGUCGGUGGUAAUGCACUCGCUGAGACUGAUUACGUCGCCGGGGCGAACCUGACCAUGCCUAAGUUUGUUGCAGCGUGGUUGAACGGGGUAUCGCCUAACUCACCCGAUGUGAAUCCACUUUGUCGCCCCCCGUCUGACUUCAAGGACCUGAACCCUUUCCUGAUAAUGAUUGGGGGUGGGGAGUUCGCGUUACAUGAUGGGAAGGAUUUGGCGGCGCUUUGCGAGGCUGCUGGCCUUCUACAUCAUUUAGAGAUCGAAUGGGGCCAGCUCCAUCUAUAUGCACUUGGCUCACAAUGGGUCAGCCCGGAGGUGCGCCAGAAAACAGAUGCAAUGAUCUAUCGAUGGAUUAGGGAAUGCCUGGAUAGGGCCACAGCAGCUUAGAAUAUUUGCAAGCGGUUCCUUGAUCUUGAUUAAUAGGAGUCGGAAAUUUGUUGGUAGUAUGGAGUUCGAUUCCUGUGUCUAGUGCUCUCCGGACUGAUGUAC